CCACAACAAUUUUUGAAUUUUAGUACAAAUUUUGACGUUCAGAAAUUUCAGCAACAAUCAAAUAUAAACAAAAUCAAACACGUUUUAUAUGCUCCGCUGUUUAUCUUUGAACUUCAAUGGAUCUAAAAACCUACAAGAUAAUCCAUCCAGUGAAGUACUACAAAGAUCACUUGGAUAAUAACAUCCGGCCAGAUGGGCGGGAAAUCGCCGAUCUUCGACCAUUGGCGAUUAACUUCGAUUCCAUCAAAUCAGCCGAUGGCUCCGCGAUUGUUAAAAUGGGUAAUACAACGGUAGUGUGCGGUAUCAAAGCAGAGCUGGCGCCCGCUAAACCUACCGAGCCCGAAAAGGGAUAUCUAAUUCCAAACAUUGAAAUUUCUCCGCUAUCGUCCCCAAAGUAUCGUCCAGGACCUCCCAGUGAAGAAGCCCAGGUGUACAGCUGUUCGUUGGCGGAUGCAAUUCUCAACUCAGGCUGUGUGAAUUUGAACGAUCUUUGCAUCACUAAAGAGAAACUUGUCUGGGCGCUGUAUUGUGAUUUGAUCUGCUUGGAUCAUGAUGGAUGUGUUUUUGAUGCAUCUGUUAUUGCCCUAGUAGCGGCUUUGCAUACGCUUAAGCUACCAAAAAUGAAACACAAUCCAGACACAGAUGAGCGGGAAGUUUUGGAAGACGAACCACGUGUUUCACUCAGCUUGAACUCGAUUCCGGUAACAACAUCGUUUGCUGUGAUUUGCGGAAAAAUUAUUGCUGAUCCUACGGUUGAGGAAGAGACCAUUGCGACAUCCACGAUAACUAUUACUAUUUGUAACUCGACGUUGAGUUAUAUUAACAAAAGCGGUGGGGAUCCUUUGGAGCAAGAGAAGCUAGACGAAUGUAUAGACAACGCAAUGAAACGGGAGAAGUCUGUCCAAAAACUUAUACAAACCAUGAUUAAAAAUAAAGCGUGAGAACACAAACUAAACUGGUUUCAUGCCAAUUUUUCAUUGCAAAAAACUUUACUGCACAACUGUUGCCUCUUAACCCAUUGUAAGCCCGGGUUAACAAAAAAUAUGUUUUUCGCUGCACUUGGAAUAUUAUUUCAAUAUUUGACCA